GCGCUUGGAUUGGAACAUGUUAAUUCUGAAGUGAGGCGUUGCAAAAGAUCAUGCAAGGCAAAGGAUAUGGCCUCGUUCUGUAAAGGAUUUGUGGAAACAAAUGGCUCAAAGUUUGAGCUGAAUGGGUCCCCAUUCUUGUUCAAUGGCUUCAACUCUUAUUGGAUGCUGAGUGUGGCUUCUGAUCCAAACGAAAGAUACAAAGUUUCAAAUGUAUUUCGUGAGGCUUCAGCUUCAGGUCUUGUUGUAUGUCGUACAUGGGCAUUUAGUGAUGGUGGAUAUCAAGCUCUUCAAAUAUCGCCUGGUGUAUACAAUGAGAACAUCUUCAAGACACUUGAUUUUGUGGUUGGAGAAGCGAAAAAAUAUGGAGUGAAAUUGAUACUAAGCUUGGUCAACAAUUACAAUGACUAUGGAGGAAGACCUCAAUAUGUGCAAUGGGCUAGAGAUGCUGGAGCUCCUGUCAACAAUGAUGAUGAUUUUUACACUAACCCUAUUAUUAAGGAUUACUACAAAAAUCAUGUCAAAAGUGUGUUAACGAGGAUCAACACAAUCACUGGAAUAGCUUACAAGGAUGAAGCAGCCAUCAUGGCUUGGGAAUUGAUGAAUGAGCCACGCUGUCAAGUUGAUUACUCCGGCAACACCAUCACUACGUGGGUUCGGGAGAUGGCUCCGUUUGUGAAAUCCAUUGACAGCAGUCACUUGUUGGGGGUAGGGAUGGAGGGUUUCUAUGGAGACUCAAUUGCAGAAAGGAAACAAUACAAUCCUGGUUACCAAGUUGGAACUGACUUCAUUACUAACAAUCAAAUCAAUGAAAUUGACUUUACCACCAUUCAUGCUUAUCCUGAUAGUUGGCUUGCAGGGCAAAGUAAUGAUGCACAAAUGGAAUUUAUGCAGAGAUGGAUGACUAGUCAUUGGGAUGACUCAGCAACAAUCUUGAAGAAGCCAAUAGUGUUUGGUGAAUUUGGCAAGUCAAGAAAGGACCCAGGAUAUCGUAUCACUGCUAGAGACUCAUUCAUGAAUUCUGUGUAUUCAAGCAUUUACAAUUUGGCACAAAAGGGAGGAACUUUUGGUGGAGGCUUGGUUUGGCAACUUCUAGAUGAAGGCAUGGACUCAUAUGAUGAUGGCUAUGGGAUUGUUUUGUCUAAAGAUGCUUCUACACGCAGCAUUAUAAGUCAGCAGUCUGAUAAAAUGACAGCUCUCGAGCACUCCUUGAACCUCUCCCAAGAAUAACAAAAGGAAUUCUCUUAAGUUACUAG